CAAGGGUUGGGAGUAGGGGACAGUAUGUGGGAAGGUCUGGCUGACAAGGUAACAUGAGAAAAUCAGAGUCAGGGGCUUGUUUUUUGGCAGCCAGUAAAUGGCAAAACACACCCAGGUGCUAACUGAGAAAUAGUGGGUGGAGAUGCCCAGGCCACCUCACAUGUAAAAACUGAACUUUCUUCUCUUCCAAGCUACUUGCCCUAAGAUUUUUCUGUCCACCUGGAGAAAUGGAAAGGGAUAGUAUUUCUCUGAGUAUCUGACACACACGCCCAUGUCUAGCAGCCCUGCUCUGGGCAAAAGCUGAAGUCUCAGGAAAUUGCUAUGUUUAUCCAGUAAUGGCCAUUCACAUGUUCUACACACUGUGUUGAAUGCUCAGUGGUCUUUGUGGUGCUGCUUGAUGGGGAACUGCUUCCUUCAUGGCCAUUGGCAUUGUCUCCCUUCCUCCACCCUGCCAGUCUCCAGUUUGCAUUGUCACCUGAGGGAGAAAAGGGUGUCAUAAAGAAGAGCAUUUCAAAAAUUGUAUCUGCUGAAUUCAUCACUGACUACCAAACGCUGCUACAAGAGUCCUCAGCAGGCAAAAAAGAGGUAAGGCACUCCUGGUUACAAGUUAACAGACAUCAUUUUUCUUAGGACUCCGGGCUUGAAGAGUUUUCAAAACUUCAGUGGCGACUGAGGGAAAACUCACUGGAUUCUGUGUUUGGGUUGCAGCAGCCGGAAUAAGGAGAGUAAACUAUUGCAUUAGAAAGUGAAGAUGGCAAAAGGCGAUACUGGUGUACGAUGUUUCCAAGGCUUGCUAAUCAUGGGGAAUGUCGUUCUGGGGUGCUGUGGGCUUGCUCUCAUGGCAGAGUGUAUAUUCUUCGUGUCAGAUCAGCACACACUGUAUCCACUGCUGGAGGCUACUGACAACGAUGACAUCUUUGGUGCGGCCUGGAUUGGGAUUUUCACUGGCUUCUGUUUCUUUUGUCUUUCUGUCCUUGGGAUUGUCGGUGUUGUGAAGUCAAACAGGACAAUGCUGCUGGUGUAUAUAAUCCUGAUGAUGGUUGUCUUUGCCUUUGAAGUUGCCUCUAGCAUCACAGCAGCAGUGCAUCGAGACUUUCUCACACACAAUCUCUUCUUGAAACAAAUGCUAGAAAAAUAUCAGAAUCCAGACCCAGUCAACAAUGAUGACAAAUGGAAGAGUGAGGGGAUCACCAGGACAUGGGAUCGGCUCAUGUUGCAGAAUAUGUGUUGUGGUGUGUAUGGCCCAAAAGACUGGCAAGAAUACACCUCUGUUUUCCGGAAAGUGAACAAAGAUGCAGAUUUUCCUUGGCCACGCCAGUGCUGUGUUAUGGAUACCCUGGGAAAAUCAACCAAUGUAGAUGGCUGCAAAUUGGGCGUGUCUGGAUAUUACCACAGCACUGGCUGCUAUGAAACCAUUGCUGGCCCAAUGAACAGACAUGCUUGGGGUGUGGCCUGGUAUGGCUUCGCCGUUCUCUGCUGGACUACGUGGGUCCUUCUUUGUACCAUGUUCUACUGGAGCAGAAUUGAAUAUUAAAGGAGACGUAUCUAAUCAACUUCUCCUUUUUGGAGUUUCCUCCCCCCCCUUUUUUUUUGGUAACCUAUUUUCCUCUCAGACAAAGUUCUGACAAUCUCUCUUUCAAUCCUCUUUCCUUUCUGCUAAGUGCUCCUUUCCCAGUCAUUUCAACUAUAGCAGGUGUAAUAUCUGCAAGGCUGGGGCUGGGAGAAUGUGCUCCUUGUGCUGAAAACAUCUCUGUCUUCAACACCAUUGGAUGAGUGUGCUGUUCCCAGAGGUGACAAAAGAGGAGGAAAUAGCUUCAAAUCCGUCAACCAAUUGGAAGUCAAUUGUCUGGAGCAAGUGUAUAUACAGCACUCAGAGUAUUACAAAAAUCACAGUUUCCCUCUCUCUUGUUAUCAUGUGCCUCUGCUUGCUGCAGUGUAUGAACUACUCUAAAGAGACUAGUCACUUGUUUAUUUAUAUAAGAUGAGAGACAACUCAGGAAGUCAAGUAUGGGAAACUAGAAAAUCUAGCUUUGAAGGUAAUUUUUCAGUUCAUUGUGGUGAUCAGUGAAGUACAUCAGUGACAAUGGAUUCACAGCUACCUCUUUUAGCUGAUCGCUGGCAUACACAUACGAUGAUACGCAUACGUACUUCUUUUCCUGUGGCAUUCUGUCUAGCCUUUCCUUGUAAUAUUUGUAAGUCAAUUGUUGUCACUUGUUUGGGAAAGCUGUUUUUUUAACCAGCAGAAAAUUGAAGAAAUGUAUUUGCAAAUCUAUUAAAUGAACAUUUAUUUUCAACAUUUCCUGCUUUUUACUUGAAAUAUCUUUGUGUCAGAAUUCACGAGAAGGUUGAGCUUAGUAAUAUAAUGUGAGAGCAUGACAUGAAGUGGGCCAAAAGAUUAAACAAGAAUCCUGUUGGGCCUCUAUACACACGUAAGUGAAAAACUGGUAAUUGCACCAACUAAUUAAAAGUUAAUUAACAGGGUGCUGGUUAGGAGGCUCGUCUUGUGCUGGUCAUGUGACUAGAAAUUUAAUGAGCACCUCUUUAAUCUACAGCAGCCAUUAUUUCCAUGUUUUCACUUGCUUGUGUAUAAAAACCCAAAGGGAGUUGGUGAGAAUUUUUAGACUGAUCUAUUCCUACCUUUUGUAUCACAUUAAUCAAACUGUUUGCCUCUCUUUGUGAUAGCUUGCUCCUUGUACAGAAUGUUUUAAGGUGAAAAUCUUUUUCCCCCAUAUGUAAGCUGCAAGAAAAUACCACCUGCUCUAUUUCAGAGUUUAUGUAUAUUUUGUUCUACACAUGUGUGAUAAAUA